GACUGGGCACCUCGCUGCCCCCGCUGCUGCCCACUCUGCGACUGUGCCUGUACGUGCCAGCUCCCCGACUGCCAGAGCCUCAACUGUCUCUGCUUCGAGAUCAAGCUCCGAUGAGGACCCAGGGCCCCUGCCCUCUGGGGAGCGGCCAGCCCCCAGGGCCCAUGUGCCCUCCUCCCUGAAGAGCCUUUCCCCACGCCACUGGAACCACAGAUGGCCUGCCGAGCACCCAGGCCUGGGAACUGGAAGUGGCAGCGCAGGGCCUGGCUCCCUGCAGGGCAGGACUCUUGGCCGGCUGGACGGCAGCUCCUCUGGAGGGCCGGAAAAGAGAGGGGCUAGUGCUCGGGCAGGUGCCCUGGCUUCCCUUCCCCUCCACACGUCAACGAUUCUAUUUGAAGUUGGGCAGGGGGGUGGCGCUGCUCACCACACACAAGUGUUAUAGGAGGAGUCUGGCCCUUGAGUACCGGGUACGCAGGGGUGCCUCAACCACACUCCGUCCACGGACUCUCCGUUAUUUUAGGAGGUCCCUGGCCAAAGAUUUAUUUCUCUUGACAACCAAGGGCCUCCGUCUGGAUUUCCAAGGAAGAAUUUCCUCUGAAGCACCGGAACUUGCUACUACCAGCACCAUGCCCUACCAAUAUCCAGCACUGACCCCGGAGCAGAAGAAGGAGCUGUCUGACAUCGCUCACCGCAUCGUGGCACCUGGCAAGGGCAUCCUGGCUGCAGAUGAGUCCACUGGGAGCAUUGCCAAGCGGCUGCAGUCCAUUGGCACCGAGAACACCGAGGAGAACCGGCGCUUCUACCGCCAGCUGCUGCUGACAGCUGACGACCGCGUGAACCCCUGCAUUGGGGGUGUCAUCCUCUUCCAUGAGACACUCUACCAGAAGGCGGAUGAUGGGCGUCCCUUCCCCCAAGUUAUCAAAUCCAAGGGCGGUGUUGUGGGCAUCAAGGUAGACAAGGGCGUGGUCCCCCUGGCAGGGACAAAUGGCGAGACUACCACCCAAGGGUUGGAUGGGCUGUCUGAGCGCUGUGCCCAGUACAAGAAGGAUGGAGCUGACUUCGCCAAGUGGCGUUGUGUGCUGAAGAUUGGGGAACACACCCCCUCAGCCCUCGCCAUCAUGGAAAAUGCCAAUGUUCUGGCCCGUUAUGCCAGUAUCUGCCAGCAGAAUGGCAUUGUGCCCAUCGUAGAGCCUGAGAUCCUCCCUGAUGGGGACCAUGACUUGAAGCGCUGCCAGUAUGUGACCGAGAAGGUGCUGGCUGCUGUCUACAAGGCUCUGAGUGACCACCACAUCUACCUGGAAGGCACCUUGCUGAAGCCCAACAUGGUCACCCCAGGCCAUGCUUGCACCCAGAAGUUUUCUCAUGAGGAGAUUGCCAUGGCGACUGUCACAGCGCUGCGCCGCACAGUGCCCCCCGCUGUCACUGGGAUCACCUUCCUGUCUGGAGGCCAGAGUGAGGAGGAGGCGUCCAUCAACCUCAAUGCUAUUAACAAGUGCCCCCUGCUGAAGCCCUGGGCCCUGACCUUCUCCUACGGCCGAGCCCUGCAGGCCUCUGCCCUGAAGGCCUGGGGCGGGAAGAAGGAGAACCUGAAGGCUGCGCAGGAGGAGUAUGUCAAGCGAGCCCUGGCCAACAGCCUUGCCUGUCAAGGAAAGUACACUCCGAGCGGUCAGGCUGGGGCUGCUGCCAGCGAGUCCCUCUUCGUCUCUAACCACGCCUAUUAAGCGGAGCUGUUCCCAGGCUGCCCCCAACACUCCAGGCCCUGCCCCCUCCCACUCUUGAAGAGGAGGCCUCCUCCUCGGGGCUCCAGGCUGGCUUGCCCGCGCUCUUUCCUCCCUCGUGACAGUGGUGUGUGGUGUCGUCUGUGAAUGCUAAGUCCAUCACCCUUUCCGGCACACUGCCAAAUAAACAGCUAUUUAAGGGGGA